UUUGCAGACCCCUUUGCUGAUGCAACUAAGGGUGACGACUUACUCCCGGCAGGGACUGAGGAUUACAUUCAUAUAAGAAUCCAGCAACGGAACGGCAGAAAGACACUGACUACUGUCCAGGGCAUCGCAGAUGAUUAUGACAAAAAGAAACUUGUGAAAGCUUUCAAAAAGAAAUUCGCCUGUAAUGGUACUGUGAUUGAGCAUCCUGAGUACGGAGAGGUUAUUCAGCUUCAAGGUGACCAAAGAAAAAACAUUUGCCAGUUUCUCCUGGAGGUUGGCAUUGUCAAGGAGGAACAGCUUAAGGUUCAUGGAUUCUAAAACGAACCCGAAGACGUGGAGAAUUUCUUGAAUGAUUUUGUCCUCUAAACCCAGUGUGGCUGCCUCGUGAAAUGACUCUCUGCAGUAAACGGACUUUUCAUGUAUUUAAUCGUUCAAACUCCCAUUCACACGUGCAUGAUUACAGAAAACAUGGGGUAUGUAGGCUAGUAACACACAAGAAAAUUGCAGUAAGAUGGUAACGAAACCCCGUAUUCAUCUUAACAUGUUUCCAAUGGAAAAUAUUUUGUUUUGAGUGUUUAUUUGUUUAUUGUUCAGCUUUUUUUCACCUGAUUAAAUGCUUUUUUGUUGUAUUAAACCAUGUAUGUUGCAGCUUGACAAUAAAGAAACAUCUCUGAAUCCU